AUGUAAAAAAUUUUUUCACUUGGACAAGGAGUAACCAGUGCAGAAAUUGCAAAUUGAAACGAUGUUUUAAUUCGUUUGGAUUAUUUGAAAAGAAAUCUUAGUUUAUUUUGUAGUACACCUCUAUCAAAUAUAUAUUUUAAUUAGUUUUCAAUUUUCUGUUUUGUCUUCUGUUAUUCGUAUAAUCAGAAAUACUUUUUCCUAGGAUGUCUGAUUCAAAUGUCCUACGAUUUCUCCUUCUCUGUGGAAAACUUAAACGAACUGUUCGAGCUGGUUGGACACGUUACAACAUAAACUCACCUGAAAGUGUUUCUGAUCAUAUGUACCGGAUGGCAUUGAUGGCUACCGUAAUCCCAACAAAUGAACGUGGAAAUUUAAACACAGAUCGAUUAUUAAAAAUGGCAAUUGUACAUGAUUUAGCUGAAUGUAUCGUGGGAGAUAUUACACCACAUUGUGGAGUAUCGAAAGAAGAAAAACUGUCCAGAGAAAAAGACGCUAUGAAACAAUUAUGUGAACUUAUUUCAGAAGAGAACAGUGCAGAAAUUAUGAGUUUAUGGAAGGAAUAUGUUGAUCAGCAAACACCAGAGGCUGUUAUUUGUAAAGAUUUUGAUAAAUUUGAGAUGCUUUUGCAGGCUUAUGAAUAUGAACAUGAAACUCUUGAACCAGGAAAAUUAGAAUCAUUUUUCGAAAGUACUCUAGACAUUGGAACUAGAAAGCUUAAUAGUUGGAGCAAUUUUCAAACUAUGGCGGAUGGAAGACGCGGUACCCCAAAAUGUAGCCCAGAGGUUCGUAUUGGGAACUACAUAAUCGGAGAAACACUUGGUGUCGGAACUUUCGGAAAAGUCAAAGUUGGAAUUCAUAAAUCUACCGGUGUGCAAGUUGCUGUAAAGAUAGUGAACAGGGAUAAAAUCAAAGCUCUCGAUGUCGCCGGCAAACUACGUCGCGAAAUCCUCAAUCUUUGGCUUUUCCGACAUCCCCACAUCAUCAAGUUGUAUCAAGUCAUUAGUACUCCAACUGACAUAUUUAUGAUAAUGGAGUAUGUCAGUGGAGGGGAAUUAUUCGAUUACAUAGUGAAGUCUGGAAGACUCUCUGAGAAAGACGCUAGAAAGUUUUUUCAGCAAAUAAUUUCCGGAGUCGCCUACUGUCAUCGUCAUAAGGUUGUACAUAGAGAUUUAAAGCCAGAAAAUUUGUUGCUGGACUCAAACCAGAACGUAAAGAUUGCUGACUUUGGAUUGUCCAAUAUAAUGCAAGAUGGUGAGUUUCUACGUACUUCUUGUGGAUCCCCAAACUAUGCUGCCCCUGAAGUAAUAUCUGGGAAGUUAUAUGCUGGUCCGGAAGUAGAUGUAUGGUCCUGUGGAGUAAUUUUGUAUGCAUUGCUAUGUGGCACACUUCCUUUUGAUGAUGAACAUAUACCUACACUUUUUAAAAAAAUCAAAGCAGGCUAUUUCCAUUUGCCAGAAACUUUGAGUUCAGGUGUCAGGGAUCUUCUUCGAAGAAUGAUAACUGUGGACCCGAUCAAGCGUGCAACCAUAGAAGAAAUCAGACGACAUCCGUGGUUCUCAGUUGAUCUUCCUAGUCAUCUUUUCCCUCAAGAACGCGAUGAAGAUGCGUCAAUAAUUGACAAGGAAGCAGUUUAUGAAGUUUGUCAAGCGUGCAAUGCAACAGAACGUGAAGUUUUCGCUGCCUUACUAAACAAUGAUCCUAGUGAUCAAUUGUCAGUUGCUUAUCAUCUUAUCAUAGACAAUAAACGUUUCGGAUCAGUUUUAAAUCCAGAAGAAGUGAAUAAUUUUUAUGUUGCCACUGGGAUUGAUUCAUCAACCUCAUCAGUAGCAGCAACAACGCCAAAUACAUCGAAUAGUCCACCCAGUGGUGGUACAUUGACUCAUUCUCAGCCUGGUGGUGGUCGAAGUCAAUCAUUAAGUCCAAAUUAUGGUAACAAUACUGGCAUGAUUGGAUUAAAAGGUAGAGGUAUUUCUCCAACACGACCUCAUCCAGAAAGAAUGCCUGAUGGACCACCGUUAUCGAGAACAUUAGAUCCAAUGGGGGAUUCGUUGACACCUGGAUCAAUUGUUACAGGUGAUUUGAAUUGUCCAAGUCAAAUUUCUUCUCAAGCACAAUCAGCUAUUACAUCGGGAGCUGCAGCGGCCAGUGGAAUGAAACGUUUUAAAUGGCAUUUAGGUAUACGUUCUCAAUCAAGACCAUGGGAUAUUAUGCAUGAAGUAUUUAAAGCAAUGAAUUCACUUGGUUAUGAAUGGAAAGUUGUUAAUCCGUUUAAUGUACGUGUAAGAAAAUGGAAUCCAAUACUACAGCAUUAUUCUCGACUUGUAUUACAACUUUAUCAGGUCGAUGCAAGAUCAUAUCUCCUCGAUUUUAAGUGUAUCGAUGAAAGUCAAUUAGAAUCUGAAACAGCGAUGGGUAGACUACGUUCAAACAAUAUGUCAGUAUGCCUUGAUGCUUGUAGUGGAACUCCUCCAGCUGCUAUGGGUACUUCAACAUGUAGUAGAGAUGGUAGUUUUUCCGGUAGCACUGGAUCUGCUAGUCCAACCAAUUGCUACGAUGGUCCAAAUACAACUGAAUUUUCUCGAUCGUUUUCAGCUAAUUGUCAAGAAGUACCGAUUAACCGAAGAACUAAACGACACCAAACAAUGGAAUUUUUUGAAAUGUGUACUGAACUUAUUACUACAUUGGCUCGAUGAUUUACUAUAGUAGUGUUUAAGCGCGGAUUCCGCAAGAUUCAAAAAUUAAUCACUGUACACAAGGACGAUAAAUACUACUACUACUACUACUAUCACCACUGUAUACAGUGAUUAGCUCUAAAAAUUCCUAUUUGUAGUAUUUAUCGUUCCUUUUUAUUGCAACUCCUGAUUUAAUUACCAAUUAGCAUUACUUCCUGCCAGGAAAGUCUUGACCUUAUCCCCAUCCCCCUCAUCUCUUACAGACAUACGAUGUAAUUUUUAUUUAAUUUGAUUUCCCUUUAUACAUAUACAUAUAUAUAUAUUCAUUCUUGCUUGGUAGCAUUUAUUCUUUAAGAUAACAAUAGAAGGAAUAUUGUUUCAUCUGUCGGGGGCACUUUUAUUUCAUUCUCUGAAAAUCAGUAUAUUUGAGAUGAUUUAUAUAUGAUUAUUUGUAGCACUACAAAAUGUAGAAACUUUAGAUUAGCAUAUAUUAAUAUGAAAUCAAAUAUUGAAAUAAGGAGUAAACCAUAUUGAGUAGUGCAAUUGUGACUAUUAGCUGCCUACUGUCAUCUAUAAUCUUUUAUGCAUUCAAUCUAAUCAAGGUUGUUGAAACUGAAAUUCAUCCUUCAUGUUCUCACACAUAGAUGGACUUACUGAAGUUCGAAUGUAACGACAGUUCUUGAAAUUGUAUCACACUGAUCUACAGCUUUUUUAACAAACAUGUACCAAAUAAAUACACUACUAAGCUAACCGCUUUUUAGUCGAAGACCAGUAACUCUGUCAGAGGUUACAGUGAUUUUUUCUUCUAGCUAGCCUUCAUCAUGACUGGUCUGAAAAUGCUACUUUUUGUUCGACUUAAAUAUGAAUGUGCUUUAAUGGUACGUUCAUCAUCUAGAUUUUUUGGUCAUCAAGGUGGCGUAAUCCUUAUUUGAUAUUGACUGUAGCAAAAUGUAGUUUUCCAAACAUGAUUUACGAAUGUUUGUGAUUCUAUAUUUACUCUCUACACAAAUAGAGAAUGAUCUUGUUACUGUUGUAUACCGGAGUCUAACCUGAACUCUGACCACUCUCCUUCAGUAAUUAUUAAUGUCUCAACGCAAAUACAUAAAAGUUGUCAAAUGUUCGAUUAAUAGGUGCCUUCGAAGUAUUUAUUAGUUAUAUUAACCCAACUAACAAGCAAACAACAUUGAGUGUGUGGUCUAAAUGAAUGGUAUCAGUUGAUGUUGUGAACUUUAACUAAUUGAGUGAGAACUAUGCUCAGCUACGAUCUAUAUCAUUGUUCAUUGCUGGCUAACGAUCUGUAGACUGCAUCAAAUUUUAGAUUGUUGAUUAAUCUGUGUAGAAUUUCUAAUUGGGAUUGGCUAAAGACCUUAAACGAACUCGGAUACAAUUGUUUACUUAUAUCCGGGUUAUUAUUUUUCUAAACAAAAUAAGAUUUCAUACUCUUAUAUUCCCACCAGUCGGUUAUUAUUAUCAAUAAUUAUCGGACGCCUAACAAAGACUUAUGAACUGCAAACACGAGAAAAUCAGACUAGCUUUAGACCUGGUCAUGGCUGCAUCGACCACAUAUUCACCAUUCGUCUGGUUUCACAACACAGGCAUGCUUAUCGGCGUCCGACAAUGAUAGUUUUUCUUAACGUAAAAAGUAUCAUUUGACCGAGGUAGUUUCUGUCAUUGAAAGGUGCACGUCAGAAGUACAUAAACUUUGUGAAGACUCUUUACUCGAACACUAGCAGUCGAGUCAGAGUUUAUGGCGAACUGUCAUCUGAUUUUGCAACCUGUUCACUAUCUCCGUUUUUGUUCAAUUUCAUCAUAGACGUAUGUUAUAAUUUCUCUUAUUACGACCCAGCUAUUGUUUGUAUUCUUGGACACUGCUUCACUCGACAAUUCCCAAAAUCGGAACAUCAUUGGUCUACCAGGAGCUUCACUUAUCGAAUUAGAAUACGCAGUGACAAUUUUGUUUGGUGAAGACUGAUAAAAUGCAGUCUUUUGGCAGCACAGAGCAACAAUUGCAGGAUGUUUGGAAUGCGCUUCUCUCCCUCUGAAUACAAACUGUUGUUUCAGGACUGACCUGCGUCAACACCUGAACUAAGAAUAGGGAGUAAAGUAGUCGAACGCGUGGACAACUUCACUUAUCUUGGAAGUCUGACCAGCCCUAAUGGGUUGGUGUCUGACGAAAUCUCAGCACGGAUUCGAAAAGCUCGUUUGGCUUUUGCCAAUUUACGUCACCUAUGGCGAAGGCGAGAUAUCCGUCUAUCAAUAAAAGGACGAGUAUAAUGAGCGGCAGUUCGUUCUGUUUUAAUUUACGAAAGCGAAACAUGGCCAUUGAGAGUAGAAGAUACUCGUAAGCUGCCAACAUUCGACCACAGAUGCCUUAGAAAUAUUGCUCGCAUCUGCUGCGACCACCAGGUAAGUAAUAGUGAAGUUAGACGCAGGGUAUUAUGGAAUGAUGGUAAAUCAAUUGAUAAAGUUGUGAAUCUUCAUCGACUGAGAUGGUUGGGCCACGUGUUGCGUAUGCCCGAACACCGAUUACCACGACGUGCAAUGCUGACGAUGUCGGAGACGGUUGGAAGAAAGUUAGGGGUGGCCAGACCAAAACGUGGCAUCAGUCAUUGAAGUCACUAACCUCUAGUGUGAGACAUGCUGAUAAAUGCAGGCUACGUGACUAUCUUAACCAAUCGUUGGAGACUCUGGCUGACAUGGUUCAGAAUCGAUCACAAUCGCGUAGGUGUAUGCACUUUUUGUCUUCACUUAAACCGUGAGGUUAAAAUUACUUUAUACCUUUCUGUCUACCAACUAAUUCUUUCUUC